AUCAUAUGGUUAUCCUUAUACUAUAAAUUCACUCUUGUAUGUCCAUAGUUUUCCUCAUCCCUCUUUUCCUUUCCAUUUUUUUUUCUAGUACCAUUCUUUCAAAAAUAUAAUCAUGUUUCGUACUAUAUUGUUUGCAUGUCAUGAAUUUCUUAAUAUGAAAAUCUCAGAUGAAAAAUUAACAGAAAAACUCAAAGACACAAAGGCAAUAAUAUACAAAGAAGAAUUGGCCAAUGCAAAGCUGAGAAGGAAGGCAGUAAUGAAAAGUGUGAGGUUUAUGGAUUCAGAACGAGAUGCUCUUUUGGAAAAAGACGAAAAGAAGGAGUUGAUGAAAGGAAGACGAAGCUGCAACAGUGAUUGUAGUAGUGGUAUUGAUGAAUUUGGAGAAAGAGAAAAGAUGAAUAUUAGAGUAAAGGUAAAGAUGACAAAGGAAGAAGCUGCUAAAUUUCUGUCAAAAUUUAAAUGCAAGGAAGGAGGAAUUCUUCCAAUCAAGGAUGUUGCUCCUCAGCUUCUGGCUCUCCCACUCGACAGAUUUACCAUUCUGCCACUUGAACCAACGACGUAUACAUAAAUAGAUAUUCUAGUUGUAGUUACUAGUUAGUAUAGUAUGUGUGUGACCCUUGUGUUAUGAUUUAGAUAUAUUUAAGAAAGAUUUAUUUGGGUUGGAAAAAAUUGUUGCCACAUAAGGUUUGUUGUUUCCUCCUAUAUAUUUAAUCAUAAUUUUAAAAUACAAAUGUGAGUUUUAAUUAUACAAACAAUUUGAUAAUAUUGUUCAAGUCAAUAAUUAUUGAUUUUCUUGAUUCAUGAACACAUUCUAUGCCAAAUUGUUCAUGGUUCAUUAAGUAUGAGCAGGUGCGGAUUAGCUAAGUCCAGAUAGAAUUUGAAAAUCUAAAUCUGAUGUGAUCAAAACAUUCCCGGUUCAAGUUAUAUGUUACUUGCCAUAAGCUUAUGUUUUUUGGAUUGCA